AUGGCAGGAAAGCGUCUCAUCGACGCUGCCAAACUCUUCAAUGCCGGCGGCUCGGUAGCAAAGCAGCACCUCUCGCUGCGGAAACAGCAAUGGGACCUCUUCACCAACACCUCCAGCUUGGCCAAAGCCGUCAAGGGUCAAACAGAUCGAGUGACGGUGACUGCGCGAGCUGCGGUGGAAUUGGCGAAGCGAUUCAAUGAGGAGGCUCCAAGCUGGCAGCGGGCAGGACAAGAGGCGCAGAGAGGUGCAGAGGCGGCGAGCAGAAGAGCGCAGGAGGGCGUAGAUGCGGCAGCGAACGAGGCGCAGAAUUUGGCGAGGGAUGCUGGGCUGAAGAAUGUCGCGGACACGAUAUCGAGCGUGAGGAGGAGGGAGGGAGAUGAUGGAACGCUGGCUUCGUUGAGGAAACAGGAAGAGCAGCGAGUGGCUCAAAGGGAGAACGAGGAUGAUGGAUUCGAUACUACGAGACCAGAGCCGGACUCGCCCCCAGAAGGUGUCAACCUUGAUGCUUUCCACAGUCCUCGAGCAUCGGAGCGGUGGAAGAAGGAGAAUGAGCACGCUCCGACAGCUUCAGAACAGGCACCUUCCAAUCCGAUAGAGGCGGAGGCGACGCAAUCAAGCCAAGUAGAGACAAAGACGGCGAGUACAGAUACCGAAACCCAAGACUUGGCUGCAUCGAUUGCGCAGGAGUCACAAGUCGAGCCCGAGGCAAAGCCAUACGAGAUGCACGAGUCCCGCGUACCAGCCACGAGGUUCGGACGCUUAUUGCAGUACGGCGGUCUUGCCACAAGCAUGGCGUUUGGCGCUGUUGGUGAGAGCUUCCGCCGCUUCACUGGCGGUACGAGCGAAGGCAGCUUAAUGCUCAGCGAGGCCAACAUGAAUCGUCUUGUUGCCAAGCUGAGCCGGAUGAGAGGCGCUGCGUUGAAGCUGGGCCAGAUGAUGAGCUUUCAGGACUCCAAAGUCUUACCUGCAACCAUCAACACUGUGCUACAGCGAGUGCAGGACAGUGCUGACUACAUGCCAGCUUCACAGCGUGACAAGGUUCUCGUGCGGAACCUGGGCGCUGAAUGGCGAGAUCUCUUCUCCAACUUCGAGGAGAAGCCAUUUGCUGCCGCAUCUAUAGGUCAGGUGCACAAGGCCACGCUGAAGUCGAAUGGCAAAGAUGUGGCUGUCAAAGUGCAGUACCCUGGAGUCCGCAACAGCAUUGACUCCGACCUCAACAACCUAUCGUUGCUUCUCACAGCAAGUCAACUGCUCCCCAAAGGCCUCUUCCUGGACAAGACCAUCGCCAAUGCUCGCACAGAGCUGGGCUGGGAAUGCGACUAUGAGCGUGAAGCCAAGGCUUGCAUUCGGUUCAAGGGACUUGUUCACGAUGAACCAGAUACCUUCGCCGUGCCUACCAUCUACACUGAAGCUUCGGGUGCGGAUAUUCUUACGGCAGAGUUCAUGCAUGGCACUGCAGUGACGAAGAUCAAGAAUCUUACCCAAUCCGAGCGGGACUGGAUCGGCACGCAGAUUCUUCGCCUCUGCCUGCGAGAACUCAUGGAGUGGCGAUUCAUGCAGACAGACCCGAACUGGACCAACUUUCUGUACAACCGACAAUCCCGCAAGCUUGAACUUCUCGACUUUGGUGCAUCGCGAGAGUUCCCGGACAAGUUCGUUGAGCCAUACGUGUCACUCCUCAUCGCCGCGUCCAGGAAUGACCGAGAAGCUUGUCGAGAUCUCAGUAUCAAACUGGGCUAUCUGACCGGCAACGAGAGCAAAGACAUGCUCAAGGCCCACGUCGAUUCCAUCAUGACGCUUGCUGAACCAUUCGUCGGCACAGCGCCAGAAGUGUACGAUUUCGAAGACCAGACCAUCACCGAUCGUGUGCGAUCGAACAUCGGACUGAUGUUGCGGGAAAGACUGGCGCCGCCACCCGAAGAGACGUACUCGCUGCACAGGAAGCUGAGCGGCGCUUUCCUGCUCUGCGCAAGGCUGAAGAGCAAGGUCCCCGCGAGGGAGAUGUUUGCAAAGGCAGUGGAGGUAUGGGAAGGCAGGGAGGAGAGUGUGAAGCUGUAA